AUGAGUUUCCAAUCCUUACGCGAUGUGCUCGCUGGUACUUAUAAUCCAGAUCAGUCCAUUCGUCAACACGCUGAAUCAAGUUUGUACGAGUUGUCUCACCAGCCAGGCUUUUUGUCAUCAUGUCUAGACUUAAUUGCAGACCCCCAGGUUGAAAGUUUGGUAAAAUUAUCUACAGCCAUUAACAUCAAAAAUAUUAUCUCUCAAAACUGGUCAAAUGUCAGUGGUUUGCAACAGGUUUCUUCUGGCAACAACAAAGAUAUCCUUAUUUCCGAUGAAGAGAAGAAUGUCAUCAAAUCCAAGCUCAUGGAAAUCAUUAUGAACAUCACACACUUGUCAUUGAACAACUCUAACUCAAAGUACGAGGAUAUUCAUGAUCUUCUUAAUCUAAAGAAAAACCAACUCUUGCCAAUUUUGUCCACCAUCAUAAAUAUUGAUUUCCGUGCUACUAACGAUAAGCAUAUAUUUCUAGAAAGUGUGGCUGACAUGAUUGUCAAUAGCGGGAACGAUUUUGCCAAAAUCUAUUCUGGGUUAUACUGCUUGAAGGAAAUUUGCAGAACCUUCAGAUGGUCUCCAAAUAAAAGUAGAAGUGACAUCUUGGAUCCUAUAAUUUCCAAGAUGUUCCCGGUGUUGAUAGAAAUCUCCAACUCAUUGUUAGAAGUACCAUUCACCGCCCAAUCAGUGGAUGAUAAAUUGAGUAUUGUUGCUGAAGAAUUGCAUGGUGAAUUACUAAAAUUUAUUGUCAAAUGUUUCAAAUUUGUCACUUACUAUGAUUUACCAGCGCCUUUACAAUCCAAGGAAGUCUGUUUUAGUUGGGUGAACUUGCAACUACAAAUCAUCAAUAAACCAUUACCACCUUAUAUUUUGAGCAUUGUCAAUAAUGACGACUCCUCAGCUUUGAUGGAAAUAAAAAAUUCACAGUGGGUUAAGGCAAAAAAAUGGAGUUUUGCUAAUUUAUCAAACUUGUUUACUAAAUUUGGUACCCCAAUGAACUCUUUAGUUUCUUCCUCAAGCUCAUCAAAGGAGAAAAAUUACUUGGAAUUCAAAAUAUUUUUCUUGGAUGAUUUUGUUCCAGAAAUCCUUGGUUUGUAUUUCCAAUUGAUCACCAGUUGGUGCAACAAUGAACUUUUCUUAGCCAAUAGUUGUUUAUACUAUUUAAUUUUGUUUUUGGAUAAUUCCAUCAAAAUUAACAAGUUGUGGAAGAAGUUCUUCAAGAAUAACUUGGAAGACAUAAUUUCAAAGUUCCUUUACCCAAUAUUGACCAUUAAGGACUCUGUUUUAAAAUUAAUUGAAGAAGAUCCUAUGGAAUACAUUCACAUUAGCAUGAAUAUUUUCGAUGAUGAUUCUGGGAUACAUGACAUGGCAGCUUUAGGAUUAAUCACCACUUUGGCCGAAGUUAGGGAAUCUUCUGCUUUGGGUGUUAUCUUGAGAAUCACCCAUGAGUUGUUGGUGAGUCUUCAUACUGAGCAAGAAACUUUGCAAAGUGCCAAAAAGAAGGAGGCUGCGUUCAAAAUUAUUGGUACUAUCCUGCACAUUUUGGUCAAUCCUAAUAAUAAGUUCCACGACAGCUUGAAAGGAUUUUUGGAUUCUUUUGUGAUUCCAAACUUGUUGAAUAGAUACGGAUUCAUGAGAUUAAGAGCUCUUGAUGUUCUUGCCAGGUUCACCGGCGUUGAAGAAGUCUCCUCCAUGUUUUUCACUAUUUAUCAAGGUAUUAUGGUUAACCUUAGUAUUUUUAAUGAGCAAACAGCUUCGGCAGGACCAGCUGUUAGUCAAUUUAUCUCAUUGGAGGGCGAACAUCUCGACGUUAACGAAGAAGAAGAAGAUAGUCUAUUACCAGUUCAAACACAAGCUGCGCUUUGCUUACAAUCAUUCUUACAGUUUGACGGGUUCAGAGAGCUCAUUUCCAAGGAUAUUGUUUUAGUUAUGCAAAAAUUGUUGAGCUUGUCUGAAAAAAUUGAUUUGGAUGUCAUUAGUGGUGUCAUGCAGGAAAUUGUGGAAAUGUUUUCCGAGCAAUUACAACCAUUUGGUGUUGAUUUAAUGAAAAACUUAUCACAACAAAUAAUAAAUGUUUUCGAAGAAGAAGAAGACCCAAAGUCUUUGAAUGCUGACAAGAUUAUGGUUGUCAAUGGGAUCAUGAACACCAUGAUCACUAUCCUAUUGUCGUUCGAAAAUUCUGCAGAUUCCAUCAUUCAAUUGGAAGAUUCCUUUUUGUUUGUGGUGAAGGCUAUUCUUGACCACCAUUUGGAUGAUUUCUAUUUAGAAUGUUUCGAACUCAUUGAAAAUUCAACUUUCCUUUCCCGUAAAAUCAGCCCAAAUAUGUGGAAAAUCUUGAUGGAAUCUAUCAUUGACAAUAAUUUCAAGGCCCAUAAAAACGAUUCUAUUAUUUUCACUUACCUUUCGGAACUUACUCCUGCUUUGAAUAAUUACUUGAAUUUUGGUGGGGAAGAACUUAUUAACAACGAUGAAUAUUUAUUGAAGUUCGUCGAGAUGUUGAAGAUCAUUUUCAACAACGGAUACUUUGCUGAUGAACAAGGUAACGGGAAUAUAGAACAAGACAAUUUGUUAUUGUUCAAUGAAGUCUCUACUAACUUAAUUCUCACUUUGAAAAUCAAGGCUUCACAAGGUUAUAUCGGUGAGUUAUUGGAUAUGAGUAUUACUUGUUUGUUAAGAGGAACUAUUCUUCAAAUUACUUCUGAUGACCCUCAAAAGGCUUCUCAAUUCCCUGAAUUACAGUAUUAUGAAAGCAAUCCAGUGUUUGUGAAAGUUUUCCAAAGUAUUCUCUCAGCAUCUACCGAUAAAAUCCAAGUCAAUUUUAUUAAUUUGAUUGUUAGUGGAUUAGUUUACGACGUGCACACUACCUUGAAUUUAUUGAUCAAGUACAAUUUUGUAUUCUUUUUUCAAUUCUGGUUCAAAGCCCUUAUCCCUCAGAAGAAGAACUCUCAUGCUUCAUUAGAAAGAGUGUUUGAUUUGAAAAUUUCCGCUCUUGGUUUGUUGAGUUUAUUGAAUAACUUAACUAGUGAAGAGUUCCAAAAAUACCAAUUGGACUUGAUCUUUAACGAUAUAAACAGUAGAUUGAUCUAUGUCAUUGAAAAACUUCCAGCAGCAAUCAAUUCCUUGGAAAAGAGAAGAACUGAAUUUGAUGAAGCUUCAUUUGAUUAUGAUGCUGAAGACCAAAAGUUAUUUGAAAACCAAUUCCAUGGGUUCGGGGGAGCAAACGAUGAUGAUGGCGAUGAAAAUGAUGAUAAUGAUGACUGGUUGAAGCAAGAACAAAACUUGAUGAGUGAAGAUAAUCAAAAGCUUGGUAAUGGUGCCAUUGUUACUAGUGGGGAUAUCAGAAAUGGUGAAUUCAUCGACUUCUUGAAAUCCGAGCGUGAGAAGCUUGAAGUUCAAUUCAAUGAUGAUGACUAUGAAGAUUAUGACGAUGAUGAGGAUGAUCUCUUCUUUGAUGACGAAAUCACGGAAGACCCAUUGGCCAGCAAUCCAUUAGAUACCAUUAACAUUUUUGCGGUAGUCAAGGAAUCCUUGAAUCAUCUUGAACAAGCGGAUAAUGCGAAAUAUCAAGCAUUCUCUCAAAGCUUGACUGAGUCUCAAGUGGCAAUGCUUCAAGCCAUUUUCAGUCAAACCUGA